AUGGCGCUUCAACGGGACACCGUUCAAAUAAUCACCCCGUCGGCUCUGCGGGCCCGGCACUUUGGGUUCAUCCUGCAGGGUGGUGUCAAGUGCAUUGUUAUUCAAGAUGACAAUGCGAAGAUUCCUGCCGCGGCGAUGAGCAUUCACGCUGGGCAACUCAAUGAUCCGGAGUUUCUCCCCGGUCUGGCGCACUUCUGUGAGCACAUGCUGUUCAUGGGUACAGCCAAGUACCCACGUGAGGAUGAGUACAACAGUUACAUUAGCAAGAAUGGCGGCCACUGCAAUGCGUGGACAGAAGAUGGAAGUACGACUUACUACUUUACCGUGGCGCACGAUGCGUUGGAAGGGGCGCUGGAGCGCUUCGUUGAGUUCUUUGUUGCCCCGAGUUUUAACUCCAGCGCGUUGUCGCGGGAGGUAGAGGCGGUGCACAGUGAGGACGAGAAGAACCACAACGUGGACUUUUGGCGCAUCGACGAGCUGGAACGCUCCCUUUUUGAUCCCCGGCACCCGCGCUACCGAUACGGCAACGGCAACAUCACAACGCUGCGGGACGCUCCCCAAGCGAGGAACGUGGACAUUAGAGCCGAACUGCUGAAAUUUUUUGACGCACAUUACGUCUCGGAGGCGGCCUGCCUGGCGGUGUAUAGUGCGUUGCCACCGGAGACCGUUCUUCACAUUGUCGAGGCCCCGUUGUCAAAGAUGCGGGUGGGAAAACCGUCUGCACUCCGCUUCCUACCGAAAGAAGACCCGCUUUACGCAGCUGAUACAAGGGGCUUGUGGCUCAACGUCCGUACUAUCAAGAAGAUCCGGAAAGUGCGUAUUGUUUGGCCUGUAAAAUCUUCCGCUGCUUUGUGGCCUUCAAUGCCGAGUGAUUAUGUGUCCUACGUACUUGGACACGAGUGUGACUGCUCGGUCUUUGGCGUCCUGCGACGCGAGUAUAUGGCCACCGCGAUGGUUGUUGGUCCCAGUCGGGUCGAUGACGAUAAUGAUUUGCUUUGUGUGGAGAUCACGCUGACGAUGGAUGGAUUGAGACGCAUUGUGGAGGUGAUUGAUAUCUUGUACCAGGGAAUUGGCCUUGCGGCUCGCGUGGACAGUGCCGUUUAUGCGCAAAUGAAGGCCGAAAAAAAAAUCAACUUUGAGUCAUCCGAUAUCGGUGAGAACGCAGAUCACUGCGCCGCUUUGGCGUCCUCGGCGAAUCAAACGAGUUUGCAGCACUGCUGGGCCGCGGGAGAAUUGCUGCUUGAAGAUGACAUCCCCGCUUCGGAGGCCUACACGGCACAACUGACACCCGAAAAUGGUGUCGUGAUGUUGGCGUGGGGGGAUAUGCCCUGUGACGAUGCGGCAACACCCGCACCAGUGGCCAAUGACGAAGAGGGAGAAGACAAUGAAGAAUGUGAAGAGGAACAGGGGGAAGAAGAAGAAGAAGAAGAAGAAGAAAAGGAAGAGAAGGACGAGGCUGCGUCGGGUCCGCUGGAUGCCCUGCCUGAGUUUGCCCAGCUCGCAUGCAAUUCUGCCACACGCUUUCACAUGACGAAAUUUUCAAAGUGUCGCAUUCCGGACGAAAUAAUUGCAGGAUGGGCUGCCAGUCGCUGCGGACCGCGGCAUCCCGCGCUCGCGUUACCGCCUGCCAAUCCGUUCCUUUCGACGGAGUUUACGGUGUACGCGGGCGAUGGCCGUCACGCCACUGUCGAGACGUUUCACACCCCAUAUGGCGUGGCGCUUGUGCGGAAGGACGCGGGCCACCACAAGUCUUUCAAUACAUCCAUCAUUUGGAGAUGCCUCUCGCCCUGUGCCUACGCUUCGCCAAGGAACCUGUAUUACAUGCAUGUAUUGAGGGCCAUCUUGAACGACGCCGUUGCUGAGAUUAGUUACUUUGGGUUGCUGGCGGCGCUUCAAAACGAUAUCCAGUUAAGUGCCGGGGGUCUUGUGCUCAGCGUGACGGGACCGCAGCACCGCAUUAUGGAAUUUUUCUUUGCCAUAUUUGAGAAGUUGUUUACUCCUGCCGUGCUUUGUGGUUCUGUGGAAAUGUACAGCAACUAUGCGGAACGGGAAAUGCGCGCACUUCAGAGUAAAAGAACGAAACAGCCGUACACGCUGGCAGGUGACAGGUUCAUGAAGGCGGCUAGGGUCGUUGCAUAUACAUUUGACGAGGUGAUUGAAGCAGCUGUUUCCACUUCGUAUGAGGAGUACCAAGCAUUUGUUAAGGAGUACCUGGCGAGCGGCGUGUACUUUGACUGCUUUGUUGCGGGAAAUAUUCCCUCCUCGAAGGACGUUCAGAGUCGCCUGAUUGUGGGUGCACAAGAGAUUCUCUCCCGGCUCCAUGUUUCCCCCGCUUGUAAGGAAAAAUUUCCGAAGUUUUGUGACACGUACGCCUUUCCGUGCGUCUCUUCAUUACCGCAUGCUCCGUUGGUGGACGUGCUGAUUUACCCUCCGUUUGAUGAAACCAACUCCAACGUUGCGGUGCUGUUUGACAUUUACGUUGGUGAAGAGACUCCACUUCUCCGCGCCCUUUGUGACAGUACACAUCAGCUUUUCUCUUCCAGCUUUUUUGAUACCCUUCGCACGAGGGAAACACUCGGGUAUGUCGUGUAUUCGCAGUCCCUUCGAGUGGAAGGCACGGCACAUUUGCAAUUUGUCGUUCAGAGCGCCGUGGAAGGAGUCGAUGGUGCGUACCUUCUUUCUCGCAUCAUCGCCUUCUUGGCAGCGGUGGAGGAGAAAUUGGAGACGGUGUGUGCUGAGGCUGAGGUGAAAACUGUUGUGAACGGCCUCAUCGAGCGACGCCGGAAGCUGCCCGACUCCGUGGAGAAGGAUUCUUUGGACCUUCUCCACCGCCACCUGCACCCCGUGGACUUUGCCCACAAGGAGCUUGAGAUUGAGGAGCUGAAGCAACUGGACUCCGCAAAGGUGAAGGAAUUCUUCCGCACACAUGUUGCCAAUUCAAGCAACUCUCGACGUGCGCUGGCUGUUGUGGUUCACAAUGCGGCGUCGGUGAAAAAUGAUGUCCUUGACGGAGCUGAUGGGGUGCGCCGCACCGUGACGCUGCCACCGCGGCGGCCAGGCAAGGGGUCCGUGGAGGAGGUUGAUAACGAGUCAACGGAAAGCGUUCUUCAGCUGCCCGACUUUGUGGCAGCACCGAUGUCUAUAACCGUUCAAAAACACCCGUCACCGGAGGAUUUUCACCGUCACUUCCCAAUUGUUCCGGGCAAGUCCUUUUAG